AUGGCUAAUAUAAUCAACAAAGCUCGGAUAAAACAACGUUCACUUGUCAUCACACUACUUGACCUCAAAAACGCUUUUGGAGAAGUUCAUCACAACUUAAUCCAAUCUGUCCUUGGCUAUCAUCACAUCCCUAAUCACAUGAAUAAUUUAAUAAAAAGCUUAUACACUGAUUUUAAAACUUCCGUAAUUACGUCUGAGUUCCGUACCCAUUUUAUACCUGUUGGCCGUGGUGUAUUGCAAUGUGACUGUCUUAGUCCUCUACUAUUUAAUAUGUGUUUCAACACAUAUAUUCAGCAUAUCAAAGCUGAAAAGUACCGUCAGUUCGGUUUCUCCCUCCAACUUCUUAAUCCAAUCCACUGGUUUCAUUUUCCCGAUGAUGCUGCGGUUAUUACUGGUCAAGAGUCGGAAAAUCAACAUCUCCUUAAUCGAUUCUCUAUCUGGUGUCAAUGGUCCAACAUGGUUGUUAGAGUUGAUAAAUGUAGCACAUUUGGCAUCAAAAAAGUUUUAUCAAAAUCUGCCCAGUACCUGCCGAAGCUAUUGAUCAAUAAGGAUCUCAUACCAACGAUUAAGACUGGAGAAUCAUUUGAGUAUUUGGGACGACAUUUCGACUUUAACAUGACUAAUGAAAAACAUAAAUCUGAAGUGAUUUCCCUCAUUGAUGAACUAAUGUCCGAAAUAGAUCUUAAACCUCUUCACCCAAAAAACAAAAUUUUACUUUACAGUCGUUAUGUUUUGUCAAAGCUAUCCUGCCAUUUUACUGUUGCUACGAUAUCUAAAACUUGGGUAGUCGAAAAUAUCGAUUCUUCGGUGAACAAGUACAUCCGAAAAUGGCUGGAAGUACCUAAAUCUGGAACACUAAGUAACGUUUUUCUAACCCGUAAUAAGUUUGGUCUAAAUAUAAAAUAUUAUUUGGCCUCAGUAUUUGCCCCCCAUCAGUCAAAUUCAUUCAGUGUCAAACAGUUCUACGCAAUGCCCUGAAAACAUCUCCAAACGAUUCAAUAAACCAACUGUGGAAGUCAACUAAUAAUCAUACUAACAUUCAAUACGAUAGCUACAACUCAACUAAAGAAGUUUUAAAAACUUUCCAUUCUUAACAAGAAAAUAAACUUAGGAACCGUUUGAAAUGUCAAGGUUCCUUUUUCGAAAAUGUUUCUAAAUUCUCGCUAUCACAACUUAACGCAAUUUGGUCGGUAUCGCAAUCAAAGCUACCAAAGAACAUUUUCAACUUUACAAUUCGCUAUAUAAAUAAUACCCUUCCUACCCGAAAGAACCUCAGUAGAUGGGGAAUUUCAUCAAGUUCUGACUGCUCGUUCUGCUUACACCCUGAAUCACUUCUACACGUUGUUGCCGGUUGUCAACAUUACCUGGAACGAUUUACUUGGAGACACGAUUGCAUACUAAACUUUCUUGCUAAAACUUUUCAAAGUUUAAACGAAUGCAAAUUACAUGUUGAUCUUCCUGGAUUUGAAAGCCCCUCGAUUAUUACGGGAGAUGAAUAUCGUCCUGAUUUACUUGUCUCCACUUCAGACAAACAUCUCUACGUCGUUGAACUUACCGUAGGCUUUGAAUCAAACCUCACAAACAAUGUUAACCGCAAGAAAGCUAAAUAUAAAAACCUAAUUAGAGAACUGGAUCAAAACUUUACAUCUGUCAAAUUUAUAAAUCUUUCUGUCAAUUCGCUAGGAGUGUUUGACAAGGAAUGUCAUACAUUCGUAAAAAUGCUAAAUGAGUUAGGACUGGAUAAUCAACACCAACAAUAUUGUAUCAGAAAAAUUAUAUCUAUUGCCAUCCGAUCAACGUACUACAUAUUUUGCUGUAGAAAUAAAGAAUGGACAAAUCCCGAACUAAUGAACAUUUAA